AAGGCAGCCCAUGUUAGGUAUUGAAAAUGAAUUUUCCAUUGAAAAAUAAGAAUAAAAAUGGCAUUUUUAAGGUCAGUGGCAACAACCACAAAAUCUGCCAUAGCAGUCUCUGCUGCUCUACCACUUGCCUUCGCUCUCUCUUCUUCUAAUCCAAAUCCCAAAUCCAAAACCCUUUCCUUCCAUUCAAUUUCUAAUUCAUCACUGUCUUCUUCCUUUGGCCUGGUCAAGAACUUGAUUCAGCCCCCUUCUGCUGUUGGCAUGGAAGCACCCACAUCUGAUUUCAAACCCAUCUCUCAGGAAGAUGCAAACUUGCUGCCUGAGCUUCUUACAGAAUUUAUGGUGGAUAUGAAGUGUGAAGGUUGUGUUAAUUCUGUCAAGAAUAAAUUGCAAACUGUUGAUGGAGUGAAGAAUGUGGAGGUGGAUUUGGGGAAUCAAGUGGUUAGAGUUCUUGGCUCUUCACCUGUAAAGAUCAUGACUGAAGCUCUGGAGCAGACAGGUCGAACCGCCCGGUUGAUUGGCCAAGGGGUCCCUGAAGACUUUUUAGUGUCAGCUGCUGUUUCUGAGUUCAAGGGCCCAAGUAUAUUUGGAGUGGUUCGGUUUGCUCAAGUGAAUAUGGAAUUGGCAAGGAUUGAAGCCAACUUUAGUGGAUUGUCACCUGGAAAACACGGUUGGUCCAUCAAUGAAUUUGGUGACCUGACAAAAGGUGCAGCUAGCACUGGGAAAGUAUACAAUCCUUCCGAUCAAGGAACUGAUGAACAGCCAUUGGGCGACCUGGGAACAUUAGAGGUUGACGAGAAGGGAGAGGCCUUCUUCUCGGGCUCGAAACAGAAGCUACGAGUCUUAGAUCUUAUUGGAAGAUCGGUGGUAGUACAUGGAACCGAAGAUAAAUCAGACAGUGGUAUCGCAGCAGCAGUAAUCGCUAGAAGUGCCGGAGUUGGUGAGAACUACAAAAAGCUUUGCACAUGUGAUGGAACCACCAUUUGGGAGUCAAGUAACAAUGAUUUUGUCUCCAGCAAGGUUUGAUGAUUCUAGUAAACCAUACACAUUGAGCCUUUAGGCAGCUUAUUCAAUUGUUGUCUUUAUAUCAUACGAAUCUAUUGUAAGUUAAAUGAAAGAAAAUAACUACACAAUUUUACAUGUUUAAGAAUAAAUAAUUGAAUGGCGUUUGAAUGUUCCAAUGCCAUGGUCGUGUGAUUUGACUCCUUUGUCAUUCCUAUAUUUUAUUGGCAACUAAUUAAUGGCGAUUUCAGACUUCUGUAA